AUGGUUUCUGCCUUAGUGCUUUUCCUAUCUUCGCUUGUAAACUCAAGUGGAUUUUAUGAUGCCAAUGAGAGAGAACACAUCUUUGGUCAAGGAAAUAAACAGAUUUCUGACAUUAACAUGCUACUACCGAUUAGUCAUUGCACUGACUGCAGGAAAGUUGCCCACAACAUUUCAGCUAUCAAUGGAUGCUUUUAAUGGGAAGUCUCUCAUCCUAAUUUGAUUCAAAUACAGCCAAUCUAAGCUAAAGGGUAUCCUGAUUGUGCCAAUAUUGCAGAAUUAUCGGCUGUCUCACAAAAGCCAAGCAAAUCUUUGAUUUGGAUUUAAGCAAGAGAUAAGAGUAAAAAUUUCAUGUUGUUAAUGCGUAUCUAGAUUCUGGAUAGGUCCUAAGAUGUGAAGCUAAGCUUGGCAUAUGAUGAAGAAGGAAAUAUCUUUAACAGUCUGGAGGGUUUCAGAUUCGAAUGGAACAUCGAUUCAGGCACUGAUAUAGUCAAGAUGGUUACUACAAAGGAAGCAUCACAUAAGCAAUCUGAAAUUAAGAGAGAAAUGGAGUUUUCUAAGCUUCACUCAGAUGUUCUUUUCUUGAAGGGUCUCAGAACUGGUAUGGCUACUGUGUCAGUUAGAAUUAUGGAACAAGGGUACGAAGAGGUAUUAGCAGCACAUGUGACUUUAACAAUUACCGAACCAUUCGUUGUUAUUCCUCAAAAGACUGUCUAUCUAUUGCCUACCAGCAAGUUCCAAUUCAAGCUAGCCAAAGUCAGUUUAAAGAAUAAUGAUAUGCAGUUCUUCCCUAUCGCGUUGCCUAGCAGAUAAUAUCAAUGGAAUAUCGAUGCUGAAUAAAAAGCAGAUGUUGGAGAAGAUGGUUUAUUCUUCAGCAAGGAUAAAGAAGGAUUUGUGAAUUUGUUAGUUGUAGAUUAAUUUAUCGCAAAUAACACUGCAGAUGGUUCUGUUAACAUCGUAUUUCCACAUCUAUUGGACAUUGAAAUUGUUGAUGUGACUCAAGAAAUGGUUGAUGAAAGAAUUGUCCUGACUGAUGAUUUCUCUAAAAGUUUCACAGAAUAACUUGGAAUUAAGGAUUGGGAUAGUAAUUGGAUUCUUGUUGAAGGUAAUUAUUACCUAAUGAAGGUAUUCUUAUUCGAUAGAGAUAAAUAGCCAAUUCAUCUCACUGAGAAUCUAGUAUUCAAUAACAUACUUGACAGAAACCACUUCGAUAUCAUAAGACUUAACAAAAUUAAUUCUGAAUUCAUUGUUAGAGCAAAGCUUCAUACUUAAAAAGAUUAAAGACUCCAAGUAGUAUCUAUUCUUCAAGAUAUCAAAUCUGAAAUUGCUGGAUAUAAAUACCAUGUAGAUUAAAACAGGUUGAGAAGUGAAAAAGAGGUGAAAAUCACCUUGCCAGUUUCAAUUAUUCACCCAACUGACUUAGUUCUACUUCCAUUACUUAAGAAUCAAGAAGAAUCUAGAAGUGGUGAAUUAUGGCAACUUACUGCUGCAGGUGGAUCAGGUUUCUAUUCAUGGUCAAUCAUUGAUACUCAUGUUGCUUCAAUUUCUGGCUCUGGCUUAGUUAGAUCCAAAGAAAUAGGCACCACUCAGAUAAUUGUGAGAGAUAACUUGAAUUCAAGAAAUAAGAAGAGUAUUAAUGUGGAGGUUACCCCAGUUUUUGGGCUUACAUGGCUUGAAGAUCACAUUGAAAUUGAGAAAGAUGUUGAGGAGAACUUUCUUAGUAUUAUUGCCUUAGACCAGCAAGGAAGAAAAUUCACUAAUUGUACAUCAGUAUUGACAUAAUUCGAGGUUAAAGGAGAGGGCAUUCUUCUUCCCGUAGCAACAAAUAAUACCUAUGAAGCCAUUACUAAUUAUGUCUCAUAGAAUAAAGAUAUCAUGCUUGUAAGGUAAACUUUUGAUGAAAAUCCAAAUGCUAUGAUUUUAAGUUAAGCUAAAAACCUAAAAGAACUUAAUAUCAACAGAGAGGUUUUACUAUUCCACAAUAACUUUGGAAUCUGUCAAAGAUAAAAAGUAAUGGGAAUCGCUGAGGGACUUGGCAGAGUCAAAGCUUAUUUUUCAAAUUAUGUAUCAAAUCAGCAUUCAAGACUUAUUGAGAGUAAUUAUGCAGAAAUUGCUUCUUACUAUAAAUUGACAACUCUUCAUCCUUCAUAUAAAAAUUUCUUUACAGAUCUCUACACUAAAAAUCAAGUGGUUACAACUGACGACUAAAGUUUCCAUAAGAUGUACGAAGAAAAUGUAUAUGAUAUUGCUUUCGGUUCUUCAGCAUAAUGGAUUGUUUAAGGAGGUACGAACUUCUGGAAAGAUAUUCCAGAGAAAUAUCUUGUAACUGAGUUCCAUGAGCUCUAUCUUGACGAUAAUUCCCUUGACAAGUCAGUUUUGUAGUUUGAAAACAUUCAAGAAUAAGCUACACUUUUCAAAUACGCGCUAGCAUGCCAAUAUCCUGGUGAUAAAUAUAGACUAACUAGACCACAUAGAUUUAGAGUUGUCCUUACACAAAGAAAUAUUCAAACAAGAUAUCUACUUAGACCUGCUGUUCAUUAAUUGGUUAUUGUGAUUCACUGUGAGCCCCCAAAAGAAGUCAAGCUUUACUGGGCUCAGGAAGAAAAGAACAUGAAUCCCCAAGUUUAUAAGCACUUGCCUAGACAUAAGCUUAUUAAUGGGGAGAAAAACCAUUUCGUUCUCGUUAACAGUAGACACUUCAUAAGAUCACUGAUGUUUGAUAACACAAAUAAUGUAUUCUAUAAUCAUAGCAGCAUACUGAUUGACUACGCAUCAACUAACCAUACUUUGCUUGAGGUUUACCCUUUGAAGGAAAACUAUGAUGAAUAAGUUAAAGAUUUGAUCUAUGACAAGAGAAGAGUUGAAGUCUUCAACUAUACUGGUACUUUAUACAUCAAUGCUUAAUCUGAAGGCUAUAUCAAAAGAUAUCUCAGAGGAGAUAAAGGAUAUUCAUUCUCAUUCAGUUCUUAAACCCUUGAUACUGAGUCACUUAAUUUGGAUUACCCAAUUAAGGAUAGAAUGAGAAUAGAGGUUGUUUAAAACGUAGAUAUACAACCCAAAUAUAAAUCACUGUAUAUUGCAUCUGAAAAUUCAUUCAAAUUCAAAAUUCUCCAUGGUUCGGGUCACUUUAGUGUUAGUCUAAACAAUACUGAUCUUGCAGACAGACAUCAUAUUGAAGGUGAUAGAUGGAUCACUAUCUAUCCAAAGAAAGAAGGUCCUAUAGAAAUCAGAGUAGAGGAUAUUGAACUUCCAGAUGCUGAGAUUGCAGUGGCAGAGAUGCUCAUUUCAGAUAUAAUGAGACUUGAAUUAGAUGCUCCAGGUACUCUCAUUGAGCAAGGCUCAUCAAUGGAACUAAAUAUUACAGCAAUUGAUAACUAUGGCAGACCAUUUGAUGAUGAUCAGUAUAAGUUUAUGAAGUUCCAUAUUGAAAUAGAAAUUACUUAAUAAAGAGAGAAAGGUUUGAUUGCUAUCCAAAACUCCUCAAACAAUAGAAUUUUCGAAGCCAAAGGACAAGAACCUGGUCUUUAUCAAGUUACUGCAGUGUCAAACAAAUAUAGAAAUCCAAAUAUCCCACACAGAGAAGAUUAUUACGAUAGAAUGAGAGUGGUAAGUGAUGUACUAAAGAUUGAAGUAUUCCCAUUGCUUUAAAUUCAUCCAAACACACUACUACUUACCCCGCUAAUGAGAUAUACAUUGCAAAUUGUUGGUGGUCCAAGCAGAAGUGCUAGCACUUAAUCUUAUCAUGGAGGCUCAGUUGAAAUUAAAUUUGACAUAGAGAACAAGACAGUAGCCAGUGUUGAUGUAUUUAGAGAAGUAACUGGUCUUGAAGUAGGAGAUACAAGACUUUACUAUGAAGUCAUUCAAUUGAAAUCAGGAUCUUAAGGUACAGAGAAGAGAUCUAUAGUCUCAAAGAAGACAAUUCCAAUCAGAGUAAGAUUAGUAACUGACAUUGAGAUACCUUACAACAACUAGAGAACUGUUUACUCAGGAAGUAUGAUCAAGAUGAUAGGCAUCCUUAAAUACUUCCAGGAGACUUUCACACACGGUAUAGCUCCAAUCUCUUAUAACUGGAACUGCUCUAACCCAAACAUCUUAUCGCUAAAUAUACCCUCUAAGGCAGAUAUCAAAUAAUCUCAGGUGCUUACCACUACCUUAAUCAUGGCUCAGAAAAAGAUUAGAGAUAAUGAGUAGAACUACAAUGAUGCAGUGUUCUUGACCACAUUCAAUUCCUCCACCAUUUAUUCGAUCGGUGGAAAGCAAGGUGAGGCGCUCGUUUCCUUAUAGUUGGCCAUUGAAUAUCCACAAAAGUAUAAGUACGAUAAGAACUGGUUUGGCACUAAGAUUAUUGUCAGAGUAAAUGAGAAACUCACAGUAGAUGUACCUGAAUAUAUCAACAAUCAAGAGAAGCAAACUCAUCUUUACUUACUACCUCCAAAUGCAUUCACUAAGAUCGAAACUAACAAGAGAACCAGACUUAGAUUAGGUUACAGCCAGCAGAGUGUAUAUGAUUAUUCCACAAAUACUUACCAGUAUAAAGACUCAACUACUCCAAUCAUCACUCUGAUUAAUGAUGAAGCAAUCAAGACCUUUGACAAAUAUGGUAAAGUCACAGUUAUCAUUGAAGAGAAUCAAGCCUUCUCAGAUUAAGUGGUCAUGCUUAACGUCUUUAUUACAGACAUUUAUAAUAUGGCUUGCAAGGAUGCUUACCAAGCUUUGAGUUUCCCUCUAGGGUCUACAAUGAACAUUCCAAUCAAGUUCCAGAAUGAGCAUGCUCAUUCAUUUGCCAAAAAUAUCGAGGGAAUCGAAGUUGGCAUCGAGCUUUCUCACCCAAGAGUGGUAUCUGCCCAGCUAGAUCAAUAUAAUCAAACAGUCAUUAUGAGGGCUGAGGGAAGUGGAGAAUGCAAUGUUAUUAUUUAUCUAGUCAAGCAACCACACAUAUAUGACGUAUAUAGAGUAAGAGUCUCAAGUGUUGUUAAGCCAUACUCGCCAGUUCAACUUCAUGUUGGAGGGCAAGUUACCUUUAAAAUUAUGGAUUCAAACUCAGCCGAUUACUCUGCCAAGAAAGAUUCAUCAACUGUCUGGUCAUCAAACAAUCCAUCAGUACUAGAUAUUAAUUAAGCUACAGGUGAGGCAAGAGGCCUAUCUGAAGGUAGAGCCGAAAUUCUACUUAGUAAUCACAUUAGCGCUGCAAGUAUUGCAUAGGUCAGCAGAGUAAAGCAUGCUGAAGUUGACGAUCAAAGUAGAAAGCUCUUAGUUAUUAACACUGAUGAAUAAACCAGAGACCUUAGAAUCAGAUUUAAGUUAUUCCUUCAUGAUCAAAUUGAAGAACUCACACCAACAGUCCAGUUCGAUGGAAUCACUCUUAUCAAGUAAAAUGUUGGAAUUCUUUGCGAGAGUGAGCAUCCUUAACUUGUUGAGGCAAGAGCUGAGAUCAAUGAGCUAGAAGGAUUCUUCUGUGUUUUGAGCUUUAGAGGUUCAAGCUAAAAGUAAAUUCCAAGAAGCACGAAAAUUUACCUGACUGUUUUCGCACCACACCCAUCAAAGCCAGACGACAUCAAGUCUGCUCUUUAUAGGGAAAGAAUAAUGAGCUUUGAGGUACCAUUUGUGAGCAAGAUUAAGAUUGAAAGCUACUACAGAAAUGGAGUUUCUCUAAACAAAGAUCACAGAACUUCUUCAAUUAAGAUCUACUCUAACACUCACUUUAAUGUGCACAUUGAGAAUCAGAGAGACUCAGACAUUGGCUAUGACCUUGUAAGAUACAGAGUAAACAAGACUGAUGAGGAAAGCACUGAAUAUCAGCUACAUAUAACUGUCCCUAGGGAGAUCACACAUGACUUCACUUCAAACAUUAUUCUUACUCACCCUACAACUGGUAUCAGAACUGUAAUUCCAGUCAUCUUCCAAAGCAGAGAGGGAGAUACCUAGCAAUAUAAAUACUCUAGCAGCUCUGAUGAAGACGGUGUCUUAUCAGGAUUAAAGAAUUUAUUCUCAACUGGUGAUCAUCAGGCUUAGAAACCAACUGAGAGAACUGAGAGAACAUAAUAUGACAGAGAGGGUAAUCAACUAAUCUCAUACAUCGGCAUUCCCAUCUUAUGCUUCGUUGUAUUCUUGUUUGUUAUGACUACCAUAUUUGGCUUCGAUGCAGGGGUAACACAUUUAUUUUAAUAUUUUCAUUAGGACAUGAUUAGCGAUAUUUGGAACUGCAGAUGGCCAUCAAAGAAUAGAAGAUAACAAUAGUUCAGAGAGGGCAGAAGGCCUGGUCCUUAUGGUGGCUCAGGUGAUAGAAGUAUCUUCUAAGGUGGACCAAACUAUGGAACUAGCAGCGUCAGAUCAUCAAAUGUCAUUAGACCCUAAUUCCCUAAUAAGCAAAGCUCCUUUAUGUAGAAUUCAUCUAACUACGGUUCUCCCUAGCAAAGAUUUAGAGGGGGCUAGACAGGAGCUGUGAAUCUCGAUCGAAUGAACUACAGCCAAGGCAGCAAUAUGCAAAACAAAAGUAUCUUUGGCAGCAACUACUGA